AUGCAUCCUAAAGGGUAUUGUCCAAAAACAUUCCCAAGUCAACCAAUCUGCUUGGACUGCUGGUGUAAGCCCGUACAUCCACUGGCAUCAUCUUUGUGGCAUCCGUGCACCCGACUAGCCAAUUAUUUCCCCUCUUUCCCACCGAUUCUUGCUAUUUCUUUUUGCCACCGGCAGAGAAAAAAGACGAAUCUCACCAGCAAGACGCAAAAAAUGAAAAAUUUAUCGAUUCGAAAGGCUCGAAAGAGGAAAAAAAUAAAUUGGCAAAUUCGGAAAAGAAGCCGUACAUGGUGCAGAAACCCAGACCCCACACCCAUGACACAUGCUUUUUCUUCUUUGUUCACAUUUUCCAUUGUGGAAAAAUUUUUUUCUCUGUCAGCGAGCCCGAAAUUUCUUGAGAAAAGGCGGGAAAAAAAGAAACAAGGGCCGUAUAAAGAGGGUUUCAAAUUUUUAAUCCUUAAAAUGGUUUGUUGGAUAUAA